AUGCUCUCUUAUGAUGGUAGAGUCCAACUCAUCCAGUAUGUUCUUCUAAGCAUGCAUGUCUUUUGGGCAUCAACCCUAAUUCUUCCUAAAAGUGUCACAAAAGAAAUUCAAAAUAUUUGCUCUAGAUUUUUAUGGUCUGGAAAUGUUGAGGGCAAAAAUAAAGCUCUUGUUGCCUGGAAAGAGGUGAUUAAGUUAAAAAAAGAGGGAGGCUUGAAUAUCAAAGACAUUGAGGUCUGGAACAGAGCAGCAGUAAGCAAGCAUGUUUGGCAGAUUAUUGAGAAUACAAAUAACCUCUGGGCGAAAUGGAUUAGUACUAAUAAGAUCAAAAAUGGCAAUUACUGGAGUAACAAAAGUGAUAACAAUUCCAGCUGGGUGUGGAAAGGUCUCAUGAGCAUUAAGAAGGAGAUUAUGAAAAUUGUGGAGUUUAAGAUUGGUAAUGCGAACAAUAUCAAUUUUUGGAAGGACCACCCUUGGAUCCAUGGUUGCUUUUUACUUGAGAAAUACCCCAGAGUCAUGAUGAAAGAAGCAGCAGUCUUAAAGAACUCCAAAGUUGCAGAUCUUUGGAGACACAACAGGUGGAAUCUGCCUGACCCUAUUGGUAUGCCUACUUUAGAAGCUUGUGAGUAUAUCAAAGAGAAUUUUACCCUGAACAAUGAUAAUGAUACCAUCUCCUGGAAAGUGGUUAAAGGCUCUAACUUCAAUCCUGAAGAUAUCAACCACAUUUUCUAUGGGUGCUCUUUCACCAAGAUGAUAUGGAAUAAGCUACUGCUAAUUUGUGGUUGCCCUAGAAAUAUUAGUUCCUGGAGGAGGUUUAUAAGCUGGUUCUGCAAAAUAGCCAUAGGUAAAAAUGCAAAUGCUGCUAUCAGAAGGAACAUUAUGACUGCAACUAUUUAUCAGAUUUGGAGAUCAAGAAAUAUGAAGGUCUUCAAGAAUGAAACUCCUGUUGUCGAAGAGAAUAUUAGAAGAUUCAAGUUCAUUAUCUUAUCUAAGAUGAAUAGGGAUUGCCUACAUUUGGUGAGUCUUUGUUGUUAUGGGUUUGGCUUUAAUUCACCUGAGGCUUUUGUAACAGGUAAACUUCAGCCUUUUCCGAGUCUUCUGGCUUGUGGUUUGAGCAUUUGGCCUGAGGCUUUUGUAACAGGCUUUUGUAGCAGAAUUCCUGAAGCUUUUGUAACAGGGUUUUCCUCUUUGCUUAGUAGCUGCUUUCUGAUUCCUCUUUAG